CCAUGCUGUUCGCGAAUUUUUCCUUUGGUACCUGUUGGACAAUCCCAUGAACGAGUUACCGAUCAUUUUUUUUCUCGCAACAAUUUUUUUAUGCAUGCCAACAGCUCGUCCUCGGAAAGCCAGUGACUAACACCGACUUACUCAUUGCCCAAAUGACCCGCAUUUUUGAAGAGCUCUCGACAACCAUUCCUUGCAUGAAAAUUUCUCCACGUUUUGCAAAUCGAGCAUCAUAUACGCAAACGUACUUGCUUAUCAGGCACAACAGUCAGCGACAAUAUUUAUCAACAACAUCGUUGAGCCUUUUGCGAACAAGGCAAAACGUUAUUUUUUCGUCAAAAAUCCGAAUGCUAUUACCGGAUCUCUGUGAGCGCCAAGCAUGGCGUUUUGCCGCAUACAUAUACAGUUGCAUCACCCCAAAUCCUACCUAUUGGCCUGAAGGUGUGGACCAUACCGCCGACUUAGACAUCAUGGUUGGCGAGAUUCUCGAAAGCACAGAACUUCCCCUCUCUCUCAUGGUCACAGAAGAAAACCUCACGCGCAACCCUGGUCCGUUUUUCACGUUCCUUCAUUUUGCGCUAUCAAUCAUCGAACUGUACAACGAUCAAAAAUUCUAUGCUGCUUGUGAACCACAGUGCGAAGCCACGCCUCGUUGGUUAUAUACCACCAUUUUCAAUACUUGCGAAGAACUUCAGCGCACUAGCAAAUUACGAUGAAGGAAGCUCACUUUAGCCAUUUGCGAUUUGAUUAACAAGAACGAACCGCCGCAAUUGCGAGAUCUUUCGGAGGCAACAGUUGCAGAGAUUCAAGUGUUCAUUUCUCAUACACGCACACUGUUCGCGACGAACAAUUUCUAUCCGCCUGUGGCGAUAAUUCUCAACACCAUCCGCUCAUUUCCUCUUGUCCCACGUUUAAGUUUCAUUCGAC